UUAUACUGCUUAGCGACUUUAGUACAUGCCUCAUAACUCCAGUCUCAAACUUAACCCCGUUCCUGCUGAAGAAGAGAAGGUCUGCUGGAUGGAGAAAGUAGCUCUCGUGAAAGAGGAGGAGGAGGAGGAAGAGGAGGCUGUUACAGUACAAAAACAAGUAGGUGAGGCUGUUACCGUGAAAGAAGAAGAGAAAGACGUUACAGAGGAAGAGGAGGACGACGUUUCAGUGAAAGAAGAGGGGGAUAUGACUGUCACAUCGAAAAAUGAAGAGGACGAAACUGGAUAUCUGGUCCCGGUUUCCCAAACACAUCUUCAGGCAUCCGAUGGUUCUAACGAUGAACUUAGCAAUAAGAUGGUUUUGAGAAACCGUUCCCUGAGUAACACUCGAGAGAGACGUGACUAUCGUGGAUCCUCUGGGGGGCCUCAACAACCUCAUGAUGCUGACGAGGCAGAGAAGAGUCUCUCCACAUCAAAACACCUCAUGAAACACCAGCAGAGACCCACAGUGAAGAAUUCUCACUUCUGCUCUGACUGUGGGAAAGGUUGCAAAUAUUCAUCAGACCUUAAAAUACACCAGAGAACACACACAGGAGAGAAGCCUUAUAGUUGUGAUCAAUGUGGGAAGAGUUUUCCUACAUCUAGCCAGCUGACUUCACACCAGAGAACACACACUGGAGAGAAACUUUGUAGCUGUGAUCAAUGUGGGAAGAGUUUUCCUACAUCUAGCCAGCUGACUUCACACCAGAGAACACACACAGGAGAGAAACCUCAUAGCUGUAAUCAGUGUGACAAGAGAUACUCUGAUAAAAGAUCUCUGAUCAAACAUCAGAAAAUACAUACAUGAAGAAGUCGUCUCAUGAUAUCAAUGAAAUAAUGUUGCAAUGUAGAAUGUUUUAACAAUUUAGUAGGAGUAUUUUAAUGAUGUCACAAUGUAGAAUGUUUUAACAUUGUAGUAGGAGUAUUUUAAUGAUGUUCUACCUUAUCUUUUGCCCUGUUCAAUUGAUUGCAGUAUGAUAUGUAUAUUAGCCUCAGGGGAAAAUCUAGGCUCUGAAUUGAAAGAGUAUUAUUUAACAAAAAGUGACUAACAAAAAAAGAGCUGUGUUACACUUACUGGGUUGGUGACCCACUUUAAUCAAAAUGCAGCACUUCAAAAUGUAGCUAGCUGUUUUCUACAAGUUGAAAAAGCUGCUUGUUUAAAAAAGACAUGUAAUAUGAUAAUUGUUGCAGAUGUUUGUGUAUAUACACCACAGGUGUCAAACUCAUUCCACGGGGGGCCGAGUGUCUGCGGGUUUUCGCUCCUCCCUUAUACUUGAUUGAUGAAUUAACAUCACUAAUUAGUUAGGAACUCCCCACACCUGGUUGUCUAGGGCUUUAUUGAAAGGAAAAACCAAAAACCUGCAGACACUAGGCCCUCCGUGGAAUGAGUUUGACACCCCUGAUAUACACACAU